AUAUACUACUAUGAAAUUUUUCUUUAAAUUAUUAUGUUUUCAAUUUUUACCUAAUUAAUGUGCUGUUGUCAUCCCGUUAUCCACCCCACCUACACGUCAUUUAACUAAAUCAUUUCGCUCAAAUCCUUAACUUGUUUCUUUCCAGUUGCCAAUCACCAUGGACGAGAGAAUGAGGGAGGUUUCUGAAGCAGGAAAUGUCAAUGACUUGUAUGAACUGAUUCAACAGAAUCCAUAUGUUUUGAAACGCAUUGAUGAGUUUCCUUUUGUUGACACUCCCUUACAUAGAGCAGCCUCUGGAGGGCACAUUGAUUUUGCUAUGGAAAUAGUGAACUUGAAGCCAUCAUUUUUAAGGAAACUAAACCCAUCUGGGUUUAGCCCAAUGCAUCUUGCCCUCCAAAAUGACAAAAUUCUGGUAGCCAGUGAGCUUCUGAAAGUUGACAAAGAUUUGGUUCGUGUCAAAGGGAAGGGUGGUUUAACACCUCUGCAUCUAGCAGUUGAAAAAGGAAACUUGGAUCUUGUGGCCGAAUUUCUCGACGCUUGCCCUGAAUGCAUCACAGAUGUGACCAUUCAAGGCCAGACUGCUCUGCAUAUUGCAGCCAUAUUUAACAACUUCGAUGCCCUUGAGCUCCUUAUCCGUUGGUUGCAAAAAACCACCCACAAAGAUGGAGAUAUUUGGGAAGAAGAAGUUUUGAACAAGAAGGACCGGACAGGAAACACAGUUUUGCAUUUGGCUGCAUCAAUUAAUCAUUGUCGGAUGGUAAAAUUGUUAGUAAAAUGUAAAACGGUGAUGAAGAACAAGAUCAAUAUGAAUGGUCAGACACCUCUGGAAAUGUUAGAGGGCCAAGAUGACACCAGAGAAACUGAAAGCGCUCUACGUCAGCCUGGUCGAUGUUUCAAAGCUAACACCAAGUUUGCAUGUCGGAGCUUAGCAGACUCAUUGAGAAAAGAAAGCAGUUGUGCGGAAAAAUUGCAAAAGUUUCUGGCUCGUCAAAAUAACAAGAUAUCAAAUGGCAUGCGCGAUGCUAUGCUGGUAGUAGCUGCAUUGAUCUUAACAGCCAGCUUCCAAGCUUGCCUUAGUCCACCAGGAGGGCUUGGGCAGGGAGACGGUAAUAUGAAUAGCACGAUGUCCCCUAACAGUAGAGUAGGUUUGUCAACCAUGCUUCCCACAAACUUUGGUUUUACCUUUGCAAUGAACACUGCAACCUUUUUGACAUCAACUUGCAUGGUGUUUUUCCUCCUUCCUGACGAAGCCAUAACACCGCUCACGGUACCUUUACUAUUAUUAAUUCUCUGCUACGUCAACUCAGUCCUUCUUGUAUCUCCAUUCGAGUUUGAUUCUAUUGCACUCCUUAUCGGUGCUGUUGGCAGCUACAUUUUUGUGUCAUGGCCUAAGAUUUUGGAUCUUUGCUAUCGAAGGCGUCCAACAUUUUGGUUGGGGACAAUCAAGAAUGUUCUCUUGAUCAUCUUGCUUCUUUGUGUGACUGUGCUUCCGGUAGGUAAGAUUGUCUGUUCUAUUAAAGGUUGUUGAGUGAAUUUGUUUUGGGAAGACUUUGGUUGUGAGAAUGUGCUGAAGAUAAAUGGAACAGUAGAGUAAAGUUACUGUUACAUACAUUAUUCUUAUCUAGUUCAAUUUCAAUUAUGUUGCGGAAAAGUUUCUUUAUUGAUUUUUUAGUAUAAUCUUUAUGUAUCUUUGAUAUUAAAUAUCUCACCUAAAA